AUGCGGCGCCAUCUUGCGUGCGGUGGCCGCAACUGUCGGCCGCGAAAGGACACGGACACGGUUACGGAUGUGGAUGUGGGCACGGACGCGAGCGUGAGCGCGGCACCGCGACCAAUAGAUUUGGCCAAGUCCGAGCGAACUGAAGACAACGAGAGUUGCAGCCCGCCAAAGGCAACAAACCCAGGACCACAUGCAACAAUCGCAGCUACUGCGACGUCGACUGCGGCUGAGACGCCGGCCGCGGCUGCGACUGCGGCAGAGGCGGCGACUGGUGGAAAAAGGAAAACAGACAGAGCGGAAGCGAGCUCCGGCGACUUAUGGCCAUGUUUGUUGUACGGGUAAGUAGCAGCAGGAGCUGUGGAAAGCAGCAGCGAAAUGGCGCGCGCGAAAAGGAAACUCAAGAAGUAGAGCUCGGAAAAGCAGCAGUAACAAACACGCACACUGGCACACACAUACACACACUCGGACAUAAAAAAGCCAAGUAAAAGCUUAUUUUUUCUUGCACAUGAAGCAAAAAAACG